UGAUCAUUGGGGGUUCAGUGUAGGGUAUGUAUGUAGUGUAUAAAAGGUCUUUGCCGUCGACGAUGAUCGACAGGCUAGCUGCUUUAUUCCCUCCACAGCUGUCCCGUUUACUCUUGUUGUUACCCGUGACGGCCAUUCGCCUGACCUCGUCCUCCGCCAUUGUCAAUAUUAUUCCCCAGGACGAUCAUGUUCAGCCUCCCCAAGGCCGUGGUGGCCGCGCUGAUGCUUCUGCAUGGGGCUCGUGCCGACGUCUGCAGCACCCUUCCGAGCUCGUCCCCCAAAAUCGAAAUUGUCAGGCCGCUCACUGCGAAGUGGACAGGGGAGCAGCUCGAGUAUUGGAGUACCGGGUGCGGCAAACUCCACCCCUCCUGCAUUCUGUACCCCAAGAACGCACAGGAAGUUGCCGCCAUAGUCGAGGCCCUGCGCGAGACGAAUGAGACGUUUGCGAUCAAGUCUGGUGGCCACAACCCGAACCUCUACUUUGCCAGCAUAGACGGUGGCCCGCUCAUCUCGACCGGCAGCUUGAACCAGGUCGAGCUUGACACUGCCACUGAGACGGCCAAAUUGAGUCCGGGUAACCGUUGGGAUGAGGUCGCCGACAAGCUCGACGGCUCUGGCUACUCCAUUGUUGGUGGCCGGUUGGGCAAUGUCGGAGUCGGGGGCUACAUGCUAGGAGGUGGCCUCAGCUUUAUGUCAACCGAAUACGGCUGGGCAGCAAACUCGGUCGAGUCCUAUGAGCUCGUGCUGGCCAACGCCACCAUUAUCAACGUGACGCGCGACAGCCACCCGUCCCUGUUCAAAUCCCUCAAGGGCGGCGGCAACGUGUACGGCAUCGUCACAAGCUUCACUGUCAAGGUCUACAAGCAAGGAACCGUCUGGGGCGGCAACUACUUCUUCAACGCGACGCCCGCCACCGACGCGGCGCUGCUCGAGGCCGUGGCCGACUUUGCCAUGCACUACCCGGACCCAAAAGCCGGUAUAAUCCUGACGGCCGAGCGUACAGGGCUUGGCACCGUUGACUUUUGGACCAUGUUCCUCUACUACAACGGCGAGCAGCCGCCGGCGGGCGUGUUUGACCGCUUCAAGUCCAUCAAGCCCUGGCUGGACACGACCAAGACGCGCACCUACACGGACCUGGUCAACUUCAACAACUGGGCCGUGCUCAAGGGUAGCGUCUACACCAUCGGCACCGAGACGAUCCCGAUGCCGUCGCUGGAUGCAACCAACUCGUCCACCAUCGCCGCGUCGACCUUGCAAGACGUGCACAAGAACUGGCGCGACGUCGGCACGCCCGCCUUGCUCAAGGUCGGAGGCCUCAUCGCCAGCACGGCGUACCAGCCAGUUCCGAGGUCCAUGGCUGCGGUGGCGAGGUCCAAAGGUGGCGAUCUGCUGGAUCUCAACGACGACACGGAUCUGAUCGUCAUGGAGUACAACUACAGCUGGCUGCUCGAGGGCCUGGAGCGUCAGAUAGUAGACCAGGCGCUGCAGGAUACUUAUAAUGGCGUCAGGGAGCGGGUGGUUGCGGGCCAGGCGGCGGGAGAGCUGCCGGCGGAUGCGUACCUGCCGCUGUUUGCAAACGAUGCCUACUUUCGCCAGGACUACUUUGGCAGGCUCAGACCGGAGAGCAGGGAGAUGGCUGCUGCGGCGAAGGAAGCUGUUGAUCCUGAGAGGUUCUUUGCAACCAAGACGGAGGGCUUCAAGAUGUAAAUUCAGUUGCUGCAGUGUGAUAGGUCUGGUAGGG